AAACACUGUGAGAAACAGUAGAAGAAGACGCAGCUUGUGUUUACUCGCACUAAGGUCAUUAGCUAUCUAUAUAUUUUGACUGUUUUAAUUCUGAAGAGAAAGUUAAAAUAAAUUGUCCAUUUUAUUGGGUGUUUAGCAUAGAGCUAACCGACUAGCCGUAGCAGCGUUUGGUGAUUCUUCUUCUUCUGCUGUGAAUUUGUGGUUGUUUCCUCCUCCAUCCACCGAGGGCUUCAUGUUGAAGCCACUGUCCGCUGCCUGUGCUCUGCUCCCCCGCUGUCUCCUCUCUCCCACUCCGCGGACUUUCAGCAGAGCCCUCCGUCUUCGUGGCAGGAUGGAGGCGGCCGUGGUGCGGUGCCUUCCCGGGGAGCCGAAGCUCACCAUCUCCUUCUGCCUGGAGCAGAGCCAGAAGCACAUGCUGAGGGACCAGGACGAGGCGCUGGGGAAGGUCCUGACUCGCAUUUCCAACGCGAUCGCUAAGAACCAGACCAAGGCGAAGAAGUCCAAGAAGAAGCGCGACGAGCAGCUGAGCGAAGCGGCGGAACCCGCCGUGGUGAAACUGUUCUUCGGAGGGACCGAGGUCCCAGACACGCUGCCGAACUCCGAGGCUUGGCAGGACGGAGCGGUGCUGCAGGUGGGAGAGGUGAAGUACCGCGUGCAGAGGAACGCGCCCACCUUCAGCACCGCGGAACUCCCACGGUCCCUGAUGGCCGGAUUCCCGGUCUGCCCCAAACUGGAGGUGGAGUUCGGGAACCUCCAAGACUGCGAGUUUCUGUGGUUCAAAGAAAAGCAGACAAACCCAAGCCCUGAAGCCCAGGAAGAGUCUCCAUCUCAGGGCGGCGAAUGGAUGCAGGUCGGAUGCGAAAGAGUCCUGGUCCCGUCCAAUCAGGACAUCGGCUGCAGGCUCAAGCUGCUCUGUACUCCCAAAGACGGACAUCGCCGCGGUCAGACCAGAGAGCUGGUUUCUGUGGGAGCUGUGGAGGCGGGGCCAGGCGUGUGCACCUUCGACAACCGUCAUGCGUACACCUUAAAGCUGGCAGAGUGGCCGGCGGUGAGGGUGGUGUCCUAUAACAUCCUGGCGGACGUCUACGCCCAGACAGAUCUGUCCAAGACGGUCCUCUACCCAUACUGCGCCCCCUAUGCCCUGCAGCUGGACUACAGGCAGAACCUGAUCAAAAAGGAGCUGGCUGGUUACAACGCCGACAUCAUCUGUCUGCAGGAGGUGGAUAAAGGCGUGUUUGUGGACAGUCUGAGUCCGGCUCUGGAUGCUUACGGUCUGGACGGCGUCUUCAGGCUCAAAGAGAAGCAGCAUGAAGGACUGGCUACCUUCUACCGCAGGUCAAAGUUUCGCCUGCUCAGCCGCCAUGACAUCAUGCUGAGCGAGGCCUUGGCGUCUGAUCCCGCCCACUCUGAGCUGCUAGAGAAGGUUUCUGCCAACGGCGAUCUGAAGGACAAGAUCCUGCAGAGAUCCACAUCGCUGCAGGUCAGUUUGCUGGAGGACCUGGGGAAGCCGGGCAGGAAGGUGUGUGUGGCGAACACUCACCUGUACUGGCAUCCGAAAGGAGGAAAUGUUCGCCUGGUCCAAAUGGGCGUGGCUCUGCGGCACUUAAGCCAAGUCAUCAGCGACGUCGCGCCUGGAGCUCCGCUGCUCUUCUGUGGGGACUUCAACUCCACCCCAAACUCAGGUGUGGUGCAGCUGCUGAGUGAGGCGGCGGUUCCUCAGCAGCACGCAGACUGGAGCAGCUCAGGCCCAGAGGUGUCCUGCUGCAUGGAGCUGAGCUCCAGCUUCCCUCCUCUGCUCAGCGCCUGCGGACUGCCGGCUUACACUAACUAUGUGGGAGGAUUUCACGGCUGCUUGGACUACGUCUUCAUACAGCCAGAGAGCAUGCAGGUGGAGCAGGUGAUCCCUCUGCCCAGCCACCAGGAGGUCACCACCUACAAGGCUCUGCCCAGCGUGGCUCACCCCUCCGACCACAUCGCGCUGGUUUGUGACCUCCGAUGGAACCCGUGACCUCUGACCCCCUGAGACGCUUUGAUUUGAUUUUGCUGCUUUUGAAGUCACAUGUUCAUGCUGCAGUUUUCUGGAAACGAAGAAGACAUCGAUAGGAAGUCAUGGCGGUUCUAUUUAGGGAAAAAAAUCGGAGCGAUUUAUUUUCAUCACUGAUGUUCAGUGUUUGGAGCGUCGGCUCAUUUUAAUACAGAGCACUACCAUGAUCGUUUUUCUCUUGAUUAUUAACCAACAGAUGCAGCUGCUGUUUUAAUUUCAGGACAUUUUUGAUGAAUUAAAGAGGCAAGUUUGAAUAUU